AUGGUAUCUGAUGUAGGCUUGGCAAGUUCUAAACCUAAAAAGACACCAAUGGAGAAGAACUUGAAGCUGACAAGCACUGAGUUUGAUACUUGCACAAACACAAGUAAGGGAGAUAAGUUGCUAGAAGACAGAGGGAGUUAUCAUAGGCUCAUAGGGAAACUUUUGUAUCUAACAAUAAUAAGGCCUGAUAUCUCAUAUGUAGUGCAAUCCCUAAGUCAUUUUAUGCAUGCACCUAAGGAAUCUCACUAUGAAGCAACACUUCAUGUAGUAAGGUACAUCAAGAAGCAACCAGGGCUGGGGCUGUUAAUGUCAAGUUACAACAAAGAAGAAAUAGAAGCAUUCUGUGAUUCAGACUAG